AUGUCCAAGCUCGCCAAAAAGGGCGGCCUCGGCGCGCUCGCGGCGCGCGCCGCGGGCGACGCGGCCGCCGGCGCCCGCGUCUGCGUCCACUGCUGGCGCGGCGGCCUGCGGUCGGGCGCGGUCGCCUGGCUCCUGCGGCGGCGGGGCUUCGACGCCGUCGUGCUCCGCGGCGGCCACCGGGCCUACCGGGCCCACCUGCGGUCGCUCUGGGACCCGCGGGCCCCGCAGCCGCGACUGGUCGUCGUCGGCGGGCGCACCGGCGUCGGCAAGACGCGCGCGCUCGGCGCGCUCGCGGCCGCGGGGCGCCAGGUCUUGGACCUCGAGGCCCUGGCGAAGCACCGGGGCUCGGCCUUUGGCUGGCGCGCGCCGCAGCCGACGAACGAGGCCUACGAGAGCCUCUGCGGGCUCGCGUGGCGAUCGCUCGACACGAGCCGCGACGUCUUCGUCGAGGACGAGGAGGGCCACGUGGGCACGGCCCUCGUGCCGCCGCCGCUCUACGAGCUCAUGCGCCUCGCGCCCGUGGUGCUGAAGAUCGAGUGCGCCUACGAGACGCGGGUCGCGAACCUCCUCGAGGACUACGCCGAGGACGCGGCGCGCGACCCCGGCGCGUUCGACGGCCGGCUCCGCGACGCGACGCGCAAGGUGUCGAAGCGCCUCGGCGGCGACCGCACGGCCGAGGCCCUGGCGCUCCUCGACGCGCGGGAUCUGGCGGGCUACGCGCGGCUGCUCCUGGAGCGCUACUACGACAAGCUGUACGACAAGCACCUCGCGGCGCGCGCGCGCACGGACGCGGCCGUGUUGGACGUGGACGCGGCGCACCCCUUCGACGCGCGCGCCGUCGCCGCGGGCCUCGUCGCGGCGCUCGACGCCCACGACGCCGCGAGGGGGGCCGCGGCGCCGCGCGCGCCGCCCGCGUUCGACGACGCGGUCGACGACGGCGACAAGGGCGGGCCGCCCUGGUGCGCGCCGAGCUAA